ACAUCAAAAAAUUUAAAUAAACUCAUUUUUCGAUAGUAAUAAAAAUACCCUUAUUACAAAAAAAUUAUUAUCAUUUAUAAACAAUUACUAUAAUUAUUAAUUAAAAAAAAUAAAUUGAGUCACAGCGCAUGAGCAUUCUGUUCCACUCUUGUGUUCCAUAAUACAUUGUGUUGAUUGUGUUGGUUUCUCGACACAGCCAUAAAAAAAAAAGAGGUUAUUAAAGUAUUUUUAAUUACAUUAAAAAUUAGCCACUUUAAAUAAUAAAUAAAUAAUAAACAUGCCACCUAAAAAAGCACCUGGACCCAGUAAAAAAACUGAAACUAAAAAAAAAGAAAAAGUUAUCGAGGAUAAAACUUUUGGUCUUAAAAAUAAAAAAGGUGGAAAACAACAAAAAUUUAUUCAGCAAGUAGAAAAACAGGUAAAAUCUGGUGGACCAAAUGGCAAGUCAAUGGAUCCAGCUGCCAAGAAAUUGGAAAAAGAAAAAAAAUUACAAGAAAAAAAAGAAUUAGCAUUACUAUUUAAACCAGUACAAUCACAAACAAUUCCAAAAGGUACUGAUCCAAAAUCUGUUGUAUGUGCAUUCUUCAAGCAGGGACAAUGUACAAAAGGUGAUAAAUGUAAAUUUUCUCAUGAUUUAACAAUUGAAAGAAAAGCAGAAAAACGUUCACUUUAUUGUGACAUGAGAGAUGAUGAUGACAAGGAAGGUGAUACAAUGGAUACUUGGGAUGAAGCAAAAUUAAAAGAAGUUGUUGAAAAAAAACAUGGUGUUAGUGGUGAUAAUGCUGGUAGACCUGGUACUGAUAUAAUAUGUAGGCAUUUUUUGGAAGCUGUUGAGAAAUCAAAGUAUGGAUGGUUUUGGGAAUGUCCAUCUGGUACAAAAUGUAUUUAUCGUCAUGCAUUACCACCUGGUUUUGUCUUGAAAAAAGAUCAAAAAAAAGAAGAUAAAAAAGAUGAAAUAUCAUUGGAAGAUCUUAUUGAAAGGGAGAGAGCAAAUUUGGGACCAAAUCAAACGAGAAUAACACUUGAAACAUUUUUAUCAUGGAAAAAACGUAAAUUAUCAGAGAAAAAAGAUAAAGCAACAAAAGAUGAAGAAAAAAAACGUAAUGAUUUUAAAGCUGGUAGACAAGUUGGUAUAUCUGGACGUGAAAUGUUUUCAUUUAAUCCUGAACUUGCUGCUGGUGAUAUUGAAGAUGGUGAUGAAGCAUUUGAUACAUAUUUAUUGGAUGAUGAAGAUGCUGAUGAUGUUGAGUACAGAGAACUUGAUAUGGAUAGACUUGCUAUGGAAGCAAGUGAAUUAGAUUCAAAUAACAUUACAAUUGCCAGUACUGAUCGUUUAAAAAAACCAGUAUCACAAACUAAUGGAGAAGCAUCUGUGGCUGUCAUUGGUGAAGGUGCAGCUGCAUUGGCAAUUAAUGAAAACCUCUUUACUGAUGAUCUAGAUGAUCUAGAUGACGAUCUAGACACGGAGGAUUGAUCUAAGCUUCGUCAUAAUUAUCUUUUCUCUUAAUCAUCAAAUUUAUCAAUUUUCAAUCGAAUAUUGUCGACUGUUUUUGAAUAAUAUUAUUGAUAUUAUUAAAAAUCAUUAGAUACAUUUAAAUUUCAGUAGUCUUUAUUAAUUUAAAAAUAAAAAAAGACUACAAUUAAAUUUGUUGUAUCUUUUACAAGGUCUAUCUUCAAUUGCAAAUAUUAAAAUUCAUAAAAUGGCUUAUUUUUGUUUGUUUAAAAUAAAUCAAAAUUUGUGAAAUAAAAUAAACACAAUUUUUUGGAACAAUUAUA